AGCACACAACCAAUUAAACACAAUCAACCAUACGCGCCUGUCCACACAAGCAGACCGCUACAGGCGUGUUCAGCGUACGGCCUCUCAUCAACGCUCGGGGUUAGGAAGCGCCUCGGCCCGACGAGAAAUCUUGGUACGUACGGGACAAGCUGCGGCGUAUAACCGAAGGAGACACAAGGAUGGAGAACGAACAGAGAAGUCCCCAGGAGAGAGACCCGAGCCCCCGCCCGUCGUCCUCGGACCCCCCGCCGGACCCCCCGGGCGCGACCAUCGGGCCGAAUGCCAUCAUCCCAGCUGACAAGUCGGACGAAAGGAAGGACGAAACCGACACGGUGCCCGUCCAGGUGACUCAACAUACCAACAACCAGGUCCGGAGUGUGAUGUUGUACGGUGUACCCAUCGUGGCGCUGGUUAUAGACGGGAAAGAGAGGCUAUGCCUGGCGCAGAUCUCCAACACCCUACUGAAGGGUUACAGCUAUAACGAGAUCCACAACCGCCGCGUGGCCCUGGGCAUCACCUGUGUUCAGUGCACGCCUGUGCAGCUGGAGAUCCUGCGGCGGGCCGGGGCCAUGCCCAUCUCCUCCCGCCGCUGCGGCAUGAUCACCAAGCGGGAGGCCGACCGGCUCUGCAAGUCCUUCCUGGGCGACAUCAGCCCGCCCAAACUCCCGGAGAACUUCGCCUUCGACGUCUACCACGAGUGUUCGUGGGGCUGCCGGGGGAGCUUCUACCCCUCCCGCUACAACAGUUCCCGCGCCAAGUGCGUCAAGUGUGGCUACUGUAACGUCUUCUUCUCCCCGAACAAGUUCAUCUUCCACUCGCACCGCAUGUCGGAGUCCAAGUAUCAGCACCCGGACGCCGCCAACUUUAACUCCUGGCGACGGCACAUGAAACUGGCCGCGGACAAGCCGUCCGAGGACCUGGUCUUUGCCUGGGAGGACGUCAAGGCCAUGUUCAACGGCGGCAACAGGAAAAGGGUUUCGUCCAGCCAUUCCCCGCACAACGUAGAAGCCGCCAAGAAGCGCAGGUUGGAGCAGGAGUCCCACAUGGGAGAGCUCCCGCACCCCAGUCCUGCCGUCCCGUCGUUCCCCGUCGUACCGGUACCGAACAGGUCUUACAGCCUACAGCUCCAGUCCCUGCCGAGCAACAUGAACAUUCCCCACACCGUCGGCACCCACCCCUCCCUCACGCCCGGGGUCCCCACCGUCAGUCGACUGUCCGCCGCGAACGUCAAGAACGCGUGGGGGCCUAAAACAGACGGGUUCGAGCCGUGGAACCUCCCCUGGUUCAACGGCAUGAUACCUCCCCCUCUGCUGGCGGCUAAGUCCAGUUUUAUCGACCCUCCGCUUGCUGCCACCGACCUCCUGAAGAACCUCCGGCGACCGGACGCCGACAGCUCGAAAUGUCUGGCAAAGGAAGGCCCCGACUCCCACGCAAAGAGAGACGACGCGGCUCCGCAAGCAAGAAUUACUCUAGGCGAAAACGGAAGAAAACUCCUCUCCCUGAUGGAGCAAGAGCAAGAGCACGAGCACACCUCGGCCUUCAGACCUGUUAUCAAACACAGUUGUGAGAGUUGUAAAGCCACUCAGUCUUCGGCGUGUGACUGCGUACCAUCAGGCAGCACCUCUCACAACCUACACGAAUAUCCCCCCGCUCAAGCGGCCGCUGAGAACAACAACGGCAGCGGCUACGACGUCGACAGCGACGCGCGGUCCUAUCUCAGUGACAUCAACGUCACGGACGACUGUAUGAGCGACGACGCCAGCGACAAGGACCACCCGAGUGGUCGUCAAACCAUCGCGGAGGGAACGCCGCCCUCCCCGGCCUGUGGUGACAAUGGCUUCGCCGAGGAUAAGACGGAAGCGACAGACCCUAGCACGUUGGAGCCAGCUGUUACAGAGUCGGAACAGAUGGAAGAUGCUACCACAAGCUCGCACAAUGACAACAACGAGUUCAACUCGCAUAGCGCGGGGACCAACUCCUCAGCGAGUAGCGAAGGUGGCACGGAAGACCAACCCGAGACAAGAGAAGGCCCAGGUCUGACGCCUCCACACAAGACACCUCCGCCCACCUGCACGGAAACAAAGGAGACCAGGGGAGACUCUCCAACAAGCGCCCAGAAUAAGCAGCCAGAGGCGUCCAGUCUGCCCUACUCGGUGGGACAACUGUUGUGCGCCAGCCCCAAAUCUAAGGACUCCGGGAGAAAAGACUCCCUGCCGGACGGUGCAGCCGGGGUGACUCUGGACAGGAACUCAACUGUAUCCGCCAGUCCCUCAGACGAAUCUGACAAUCAUGAGUUUGAAGACAUCCGACGCCAGUUGGCAACUAUGACAAAAGAGGAACUUGAGAGAGAACUUUCAAGACAGAGGGAGGCAAGGCAGCGAAUAGAGAAGGAAUAUCGUAUCUUACAAGACACUUUCCAAGAACAGGUCAAGCGCGAGCUGACAUACAGACAAGAGAUGGUGGAACAGAUCCGUCUCAUUCGAGAUACGCUGUGUCAGGAGCUGGACCAGGAGAGGAGAGCACGGCUGGCUGUGCAACAAAAACUCAAAGAGGCCCACGACGCGCUACACCACUUCUCGUGCAAGAUGCUGGCAUCUCAACAUUGCAACGAAUGCAGCGACAAGUAAACAUCACAUCAAGUGCAUCAUCAUCCAUAAACGCACGGUUGUGUAGUCUUUAAAUAGUUCAUUCACAUGUUCGUGACUGCUCAGUAAAAAUGUCACAACUGUUAGCCUGGAAGUUGAACAAGAGUAAGGCUAGUGAAAUUCCUCUCGAGUAAAAAUAACGACUCAGUCUAACAAUUGUACAGCAAAUGUACAGUGUGUAUAUUUUGAGUUGAGUUUUACUGUACACAGUGAGAGGG